GCUUGUGUGCUGGUGUGUGCUGGUGUGUGCUGGUGUGUGCUGGUGUGUGCGUUGGGUCCCAUAACCUGGCAUGGACACAUGCCGCAUGUGUCUGCAUGUGUGUCCGCAUGCAUGCGUGCAUUGUCGCGAUCAAUCAUUGAAUUUCAUACAUUGGGGAGCGUCAUCAACGCAUCUCACAUCACAUCAUGAUUCCGUGAACCCAUGCCCUUUCUUCCACGUCUUGAACCACAACCACUGGGGGGAAACAAACCAUGAAACAAACCAUGAAACAAAACGUGAACAUUCGGUAACAAACACUAUGUUAUCGAACGUUCUGGUAACCACCAUGUGGUAACCAGAUAGUAUGGGAGGAUCUGGUAGAGCGGGCGGUGGAGAGGGAGGAGAAGGAGGCGAGGCGCAAGAAGCGGCUGGCGGAGGACCUAACGGAUGCUAUGAGGAGCAUCAAGGGCAUCACGGGGAGCACCAAGUGGGAGGAUGCCAAGCCGCUCGUGCAGUCGCUGCCAGAAUACAAGGCAAUAUUGGAGGAGGCGGAGAGGCGGAAAGUGGUGGAGGAGCACGUGGCUCGGCUGCUGCAUAAGGAGAAGAAGAAGGAGAGGGAGAAGGAGAAGGAGAAGGAGAAGGAGAGGAAGAAGAAGGAAGAGAAGGCAAAGAAAGAAGAGGAGAAGAAGGAGAAGGAGAGGAAGGAGAAGGAGGAAAAGGAGAAGGAGAAAGAGGAGAAGGAGAAGAGGAAGGAGAAAGAGAGGAAGGAGAAGGAGGAGAAGAAAGAGAAGGAAAAGGAAAAGGAGAAGGAGAGGGAGAAGGAAAAAGAAAAGGAGAAGGAGAAGAAGGAGAAGGAUAAGGGGAAGGGUAAGGAGAGGAAGGGAGAGGAGAGUGAGAGUGACACAGAGAAGGUAAAUGAGGAGAGGAGGAGCAAGGAUAAGGGGAAAACGAAGGUGGAUAAGUGUAAGGAAACAGAGGACAGCAAAGAAGGUAAGGAGAAAGGGUCUGAGAAGGCACGGAAGGAUAGGGAGGAGAAGGAGAGUGAGAAGGAUAAGAAGAGCGGGCAUGAGGAGAGGAAGAAGCGGGAUGGUGAGAGAAAGAGGAAGGAUAGGGGGGAGUCGGACGAGAGUGAGGGAGAGGAAGAGGAGCUUGAGGAAGGGGAGGACCGGCCCCGGGGUAGCAAGCAGGCGAAGAAGAGUGCUGACGGGUCUGAUGAUGAGGUGGAGGAGCGCGGGAAAGGGAAGGACUUGGAGCAAUUCAAGUCCAAGGAUAAGAAGAAGGAGCACAAGAGGAGGUCGAGGAGGGAUGAGAGUGAGGAGGAUGAGGAGGAGGAUGAGAGGGAGAGGGGGGGGAAGAAGAGGGACAAGAGGGACAGGGAGGAGAAGGAGAGGAGUAAGUCGAAGGACAAGCGAGAGAAAGAUGACAAAGAGGAGAAGGAGAAGGGGAAGGGGAAGGAAAAGGAGAAAGAUAAGGAGAAGGAGAAGAAGGGGAAGGGGAAGGACGAGAAGGAAAGGGAGAAGGAGAAGGAGAGGAAGCACCGGAGGAGGCACCGCGAUGAAGAGGAGGACGAUGAGGAGGAGGAGGAUGAGAAGGAGGCGCGCAGGUCCAAGCGCAGCAAGGGCAGCAGCGACCACCGGAGGUCGUCCCGCAAGGAUCACGAGAGUGACAGUGAGUCGGACGACAGCGGGCACAGGAGCAGGGAGCGGGAGAGGAAGCAUCGCAAGUCAAAGAAGUCGUCGCACCGCUCGCACGCUGAUGAUGAUCUCGAGGACGGGGAAGUGGGUGCCUGACGGGGAUGUGGGUGUGUGAUGAGCAAGUGGGAUUGUGGUGGUGGGGGUGUGGGAGAAUUAGGUGCGAUGGGCAAGUGGGAGGGGAACAGAAUGAGGAUAACAGGUAGCAAGACAUUCGCUACAUCCGCUAAGGGAGCGAUAGCUUGUUUUCAUAGGAUGAUACGGGAGCGGAACACUGGAAGUCGAUUUAUUUCACAGAUAGAACCAGCAUGCAUGGCUUGCAUGCCUUAUGUCAUAUGUAAUUUUUUGGAAGCGUAUGAUGCUUUCUAGAAAAUG